AAGGCUGGUGCAGCCCUUCCUAAUCGAAUUAGGGAACCGGUUAUCUAGAUAGACUGAUUUAUAAUAUUAACCUACCUCAGAUACUUUUUGUAUUGCGGAUCUCUCGGACGGAACAGACUCGUCUGUCCAUUUUGUCCAUGUCGAAGAGGGUUUUGAUUAUUUAUUUAUUUAUUUUUAAAUAACGGAAUAAGAUAAUCGGUGAUAGACAAAGGAUGACCAUUUCCUUUGUCUGUGUCAAGACUAAUUUGGUAUAAAUUGUCCUGUAUAUCGCGGACGAACAUCCACGAGUAGUGAAAAACUGAAGAAAGUAACGGUAACUGUUCAGGAUACAGUCAUCUUUUCCCAUAUUCAAGAAAACAACAAAGGACCCCGUGCUUUGACAUGACAUCGAAUUAGAAGUUGGGAUCUUCAGACCAUGUGACACAUGUCUCCGGGGUGGCUCAGUGUGACGUGCCAUGAUUUAACGAAGUGGAUGACGAAUUGACUCUGUAUCUGUACCGAUACAGUCAGGGGCCCUCCUGAUUGGUCUGAAUGAGCGCGAGGGCCAACCCCCAACACUCCUUGGCCAAUCCUCAUGGGUGCACGCAGCUGACAUAUGACGCAGCAAGGCGGUGCUUGUGUUGGGGCGACCUGCACUGGCAGGCUGUGCUGAGUUAAAUGGAGGAGCAGGAGAGGAGCCGGUCCCCGUCCCGAGCCAAGCGGGUGGAGCAGGUGGUGGGCCGGUGGCUUCGCCGCUCUCGGGACUCCAUCAGCAGGGAGAGGAAGUCGCCGGACGGGAAGUCGGGCGGGGCCGGCUGCUGCGGGCAGCAGAGCGUCGCCGUGCGGGUGACGGUGCAGAUCCUGCGCGACCCGCUUCUGGAGUCUCACGGGUUCAGCGUCUCCGACCGGCCCCCCCUGCAAGUGAGGGACGUGACUUCAGGCGGCCCGGCAGAUGGGAUACUGGUCCCUGGCGAUCAGCUGCUGAAGAUUAACAAUAUCGCAACAGACGACCUGUCCCCUGAGCAAGCGGCAGUGAUUAUCAGUGAGGUGCCGGACUCAGUGACCAUGACCAUCCUCAGACAAUCUUCGGGCCCGAAGUCUUCCUUCAUGACCGCAGAAAAGAGGGCACGUUUGAGGUCCAAUCCGGUGAAGGUGCGCUUUGCAGAGGAAGUGGUGGUCAACGGUCACGCUCAGGGAAACUCUCUUCUCUUCCUCCCUAAUGUAUUGAAGGUGUACCUGGAAAAUGGCCAAACAAAGGCCUUCAAGUUUGGGGCCACGACCACAGUGAAGGACAUCCUCGACACGCUGAAGGAGAAGCUGUCCAUUCGCUGCAUUGGGUACUUCGCCCUGGUCCUGGAGCAGCAGUACACUACCACCAGGCUACUGCUGCUGCACGAGGAGGAGAUAAUCCAGAAGGUUCUAUCACACACACGCAAAGUUGUGCAGAAGAAGGAUUCCCAUGACUACCGCUGUCUGUUUCGAGUGAGCUUCCUGCCCCGUGAUCCGCUGGAACUGCUUCAGUGUGACCCUGUGGCCUUCGAGUAUCUAUAUCUGCAGAGCGUCAGCGACGUGCUGCGGGAGCGCUUCGCCGUGGAGAUGAAGUGCAACACGGCCCUGUGCCUGGCGGCGCUGCACAUGCAGGAGAGGGUGCACAGCUGCGGCCACACGCACAAGACGUCCGUCAAGAGCAUCACGAAAGAAUGGGGCAUUGAGAACUUCAUCUCUCCAACCCUGCUGAGGAACAUGAAGGAGAAGGACCUCAGGAAAGCCAUCAGCUAUCACAUGAAGAAGACUCAGAGUCUUAUGGAGCCGAGGCAGAAGGUGCUGUCCGUAGUCCAGGCCCGUCUGAACUACCUGAAGCAGCUGGGGGAUCUCAUGUCAUACGGGGGGAAAUUCUUCACAGCCACAAUGAUGUACCAGGAGAGAGAGAAUCUGGUGAACCUGCUGGUGGGGGCCAGGUACGGAAUCAGUCAGGUGGUCAACCACAAGCUGAACCUCCUGUCCCCCCUGAUGGAGUUCUGCAGCAUCAGCCGCGUGGAGCUGAUGCCUGAGUCCGAGAAGGUCAGCCUGGUCAGGAUCUAUAUACCGGACCUCAAGCCCGUCACUCUGCUGAUGGAGCCUGUAGCUGCCAAAGACCUGUCGUGCCUGGUGAGUGGCUACUGCAAGCUGGAGGCGGAGCGAGCCCAGGCCGUCUUCUUAUUGGCCAACCAACCCAGGGAGCAUCGCAUCUCAGCUGAGGAGGGUUACGGGUCUCGAGGCUGCAGCGAUUCGGACGAGUCCUCUGAGGAGGACGCCUCCGCUGACGCUUCGGAGGACUUCCUCGAAAACGAGCCCGGUGCCGCGCCCGAGAGCGAAGCAGAGAAGCUCGAGGAAGCAGGAGGAGGAGCGGACGAGGGAGAGGAGGAGGAGGCGCAGGAGGAGGAGACCUCCACGGCGGCAUCGGCCGGGGACAGCGCGGAGGCGAAAGGAGGGGGAGGGGCCAACGAACGGAGGAGCGAAGGGCACCUGGGCGAGGACCUGUUCCUGGAGCUGUCGGACUGGUGCCACACCGACUCUCGAGUGGACGCCAGCUUCUCCAGCGACUCCAUGGACGCCCUGACGGAGGACCCCGUCGCGCCCCGUCCCUCCGACGGGUUGCCAGGCCGCCAGCCUAGCCUCGCGGACGCGCCCGCCAGGCCGGAGCCGAAGGCGGAACCCGUCGCCCCCCGACCCGCCGACAUCGACCCGUCCCUGUGCUUCGCCGAGCUCUCCCGCAUGGUCGACUUCCUGCCCAGCCCGCCGGAAGCCAGCGAGGAAGAGGAGGAGCAGGCGCGCUCUGGCAGCCUGCUCCUGCUGCAGGGGGACCGGGCGCUCGCCUGCGGGAGGCACAAACCGCGGUGCCGCUACGACGUCCGCCCCAAAGCCGGCGGCCCGUCCGAACCGCCACCCGUCCGCUCGCAGAGGGCUGAAGAGUGGGACCUGCCCCAGGACCCGGGCCCGGCCCCCGUGGUGCAGCCCUCGUUUGUUUUCGGGGACAGCAGCUCGGAGGACGAGUUUUUUGACGCGCCCGACCGAUUCGCUCCGUCGGUGUCCGCGGCGGAUAGCACCUCAGAAAUGCUCCCAGAAUGCAGGGUGAGGACGCAGGGUCUGAGCGGCGGAGCGAGGGAAGAGGAGAGGACCAGCAAGAGAAGAGGAGGGCAGCAGGAGACGGAACUGGAACCUUCCGUGAAAAAGUGCCACAAACGCCAGCCGUCCUUCCCAAGGUCGGAUCGGCCGACGGCCGGGGAGGAGGGCGCGUGCCGCUACGACGGCAAACCCUCGGACUCGCCGUCUCGUCCUCGCUUCGCUUCCUCGAGCGGUUCGGCGACGGAGCUCGCGGCACCGGCGUCCAGGCCCGCGCCGAGCUCCUGCUCUCGCUUGGCAGGUUGUCGCGGCGACGGGACGCCCGGCAAGGCACGACAGAUCCCCGCAGAAACGGCGGGCGAAGAGCGGGCCGGCGCGGUGGCGGGGUCGGCGACGGAGCGGCCCCCCGCGGCCUCCCCCUCCCUCUCCACCCCGGCCGUGGCUCGCUCCGCGGAGACGGAGAGCGGCGAGACGCGCGCCGCCGACGGGCGGGAGAGCGAGGAAAACCGCCGCGACGCUCCCGCUGCGGUGCGACCCGCCUCCGAUCACGUGCUUCGCGGGGCCGCGGACGGUCUGCCGGCCGACCAACGGCAGAGAGAGGGGGCCGCCGCGGACUCGGGGGCAGGCGCCGCCAGGGCCCCCCUCGUCGAAAAACAGGAAGCGGGCCACCUCGAAGGAAACCCGGGGCGGCGGUCUCCCUCGCGUCCCCGUCGGCCGGGGGAACCCGUAGGCGGCCUCUCUUCGACGCUACCUGCCCCGCCCCGACCUCCCCUUCUGUCGUUACGUCCCCGUCUGUCCACGCCCAACACCCCCAGCCCCGAGAACGACAGGAAGAGCAGUAAGGAGGUCGACCAGCAGGCCGCCGCCCCUCCUCCCCCGUUCCGGUUGGACCACAGGAAGCGAAACAGCUGCUUUGCCCUGCUCCUGAGGAACGGCGUUUCGCCGAGCUACGAGAACCUCCUGCGCUCCGAAAUGGAGGCCCUCGGUGUUAAAGACGCCGGCGCCGCCGGGGGGCCUGGCGCUUCGGCCAAAGAGCCGAAGAGGGGCUUGGACCUGCAGGGCUGCUCCUCGACGCUGGGGAGCCGCCUCUCCUCCUCCAUGCUCCGGGGUAAGAUCCAGAAGCUCCCCUUUUACCUGUCCCGGUCUCAGGAGCUCCACAGCGCCCACAGGGGCAACAGUAACCCUAACGACGGCCGCAGUUCGUCAGGGUCGUCCGAGCCGAGCCUGUGCACCGCAGAGGUCACGGCGGCCGUGGACGGGGGCGGCAGAUUUGCAGCGAAGGCCGGCGAGAUUGGCAACCGCUCGGAGGACCGUGCCCACCUCGGACCAGACGCUCGUUUGUCGGAGUCUAGUCUCUGCGUCAAAAACGAUGACUCGGCCGUGGUUUCCUCCCCUGCGGAUUUGAAACCGGAGACUCGGGCGCAACCGGAUCCAAGUUUCGGAUGCCAAGGGCCAGCGUCACAGUUUGAGCCGGGGGAGGGGUCAAAUGCGGGGGUCAGCAACUCUUUCGCGAGGACUGCGGAAAACGGCGACCCGAAGCAAGCGUGCGGCGCCGUCCGACAGUGCGAGUCUGAGCAGCCCCUCCCCCUCCCUCAUCCCUGGCCCCACCCCUGUCCCGGCAGAAGUGCCGGUCCCGGGUGCGCCUCGGCGUCAGGCGGGGCGGAGAAGCCGGCCCACCGGGAGGCCUGCGGGUGCCGGACGGUCUACGCCAACUGCUUCAGCGGGGACGCGGACGGGAGCGGGUUCGACGAGGAGCUGACGGUGCACGAGUUCUCCCGCAGGACGCAGGGGGCGGAGGGGGCCCCCCUGACGUCCCCGCUUCCCUCCUCUUUCUCCUCCCCCUCCUUCCCCUCUUUUCCCGCUGGCUCCCCUCUCUCGUUCCAAAGCGCGGGCGUCCUCUCUCACUCCGCCAGCACCGAGACCAGCCCCCUGCUGGCCUCUCCGGCCACGCCCACGCCCCCGGAGGAGGCGCUCACCCAGCUGCGGACCCGCCGCUACCGGCUGCCCGGCGGGUUCGCCUCCCUGCAGCGGGACGUGGAGGAGCUCCUGGCCCUCCUGCAGGGGCCGCCCUGGGACCGGUGGGAGUGGGACUCCCGCGACGGCCUCUUCUCCGAGAGCGGGCGGCUCCUCCACGCCGAGGCGCGCCGGCUAAUGUCGGGCUGCCAGCAGGUGACCCGGGUGGGCCAGACGCCCGAGGAGACGCUGCAGUGCCUGGCCGACGGCUUCCGCGCCCUGGUGCGCCUGGCCGGCUCCUGCCUGCGCUCGCCCGGCGGGGCGGGGAGCCGCGCCCAGGCCCUGGGCGCCCUGAGAGACAUCGCCGCCGCGUACGGGGAGUUCGCCCGGGCGGCGGAGAGGGCGAGCGGGAGGGAGAGCUGCCAGGACCUCAGCGUCAAGCUCCUGGCCAGGCAGUGCACCGCCCUCACCACCUCCAUCUUCUGUCUCACGCAGCUCUACUGCACCAUCACCUCUCUAUGAUUCUGGCUUUCGCCUCUGACCUUUGACCUUUGAACCCCGGUAGCCAAUCUGUGAAACAGAGAAAGGCCAUUAUACCUCACUCAGACCACUAUGUGUUAGUUCCUCCAUUGGGGUAGGGAACUUUUGAAUCUGUUUUGUGGAGGGGCUCAUGUCCCCUCAAGCUGUAACUCAGCUGAAACACUCAAUCUACUUCCAAUUUGUUUCCAGGAUCGAGGCCUUCUAUUGACCCAAUUAGUUUGUGUGGGUAUUAUCUGGCAGGUGGGGGGCUGUGUGAUUUGUAGUUUGCAAUAAUCUGUGUUCGUGCGCAUGUGCACCCGAACCGAGGUCUGUUUUUUUCUGAAACAGCACUUUGUCGCAUCAAUAAAAUUGUGCCACUGAG